AUUUUCAAUCUUCAUCAGUUGGCAUACAAAAGCUUAACAUUGAAACCACAAGCCUCAGUUGUCCGCAUCCACAAAAAAUCGUCAUUAUGCAGUUUAACAAAUUAUUCAUCGUAGUUGCCUUGAUCAUGGCAGUUUUUAUGGGCCAAGGACAAGCAGGUUGGCUAAAGAAAGUUGGCAAGAAAAUCGAACGAGUUGGUCAACAUACACGUGAUGCCACCAUUCAAACUUUAGGUGUAGCCCAACAAGCGGCAAAUGUUGCUGCAACCUUAAAAGGAAAAUGAACGAGG